UUACCGUGAGCUUUCCUCGUCUUGCAUAGAUUCUUUUGAAAUUGACAAUGGAAGGUUCAAGUCAGUUCCAGUACCUCCUUACGAACUGAGAACAAGUGAUAAUCAUGUAAGCAUGGGAUUUGUAGGUGAUUCUCUUUCCGUGUGUGAAGUUGCUUUCCUUGACGACAUUAAUGUGUGGGUAAUGAUAGAUACUGGUGGAGAGAAGACUUGGGUGAAAAAGUUUAGUAUUUGUACCAGUAGUCAUGAAAGGCAGUGGCCAUUUGGCUUGUAUAAACCAAUGAAGUUAUUACAGAAUGGAGUUUUUCUGAUGUUUCAUUCAAGUAGCAGUGCCUUCAUCUACUAUCACCCAAAAGACCAUACAUACAAAUACCUUAAGCUUCGCGGAUCUCAAUCAGAUUGUGAAGCCGUUAGUCAUGUUCCAACCUUCAUUUCUCUCAAGAGCAUUUUUCUUGGGGCCAAAACAGAAGUACUGAAUAUAAAUUCAAGGUGUGCUGGGUACAGGUUGCGGGGAGAGGCUAGAAGUACUCUUUCUUUAGAGGAAGAAGAAAUUCAGAUUUGCUUUCCAAAGGAAGUAAAUGAUGAAAUAACCUCGGUGGUGGUGUCAACAGGGUAUAGAAUGCAGCGUUAACGUAGCAGCACUGAUGAUAUAAGUUGCUUCCAAUAGUUUUGGGUUAGAAACUUGCUUACUUUUGUUGAUGAAGUUAGAA